AUGGCUCCCGGCAUUAGGAAAUAUGAAUCUGGUUAUGAAAAACGUAAGAAACAAAAAAAAAAUGAAGAGUUACAACAAUUACAAAGAGGAGCAUUAGAUAAGUUUAUAAUUAAAACACCACAAAUUUUUUCUGAAAAUCCAAAUGUUGGUGUUGAUGUUGAUAAUGAAAACAAUGUGGAUAAUCAUGAUACUAAUGUUGAAAAUGGUAACAAUGUGCAUAUUAAUAUUGAAAAUAUUGAUCAAGUAGAGAAUGAAAAAAUGAAUAAUUCACCCAACAAUGAUGAUGAUGCAGAUGCUUUAUAUGAAACUAACAAUUGUGAUAUUUUUGAUCCAAGAAAUUGGGAUGGACUUGAUUCGAAAAUGAUUGAUUUAUUAGUAAUCAAUGGUCCUAAGAGAGAUAAUUCUAUUGUAAAAGGUCCUAAAGAUAAGUUUUCUAGGCAAUUUAAUGCAAAUUUGUAUACUAGGGUUUUAUCAAAUGGCGAAAAAUGUGAUAGAGAAUGGUUAGUUUACUCAAAAGAGCUUGAUAGAGUUUUUUGUUUUUGUUGCAAAAUCUUUAAAAAUGGUAUUGGUAGAGGUCAAUUAACAAAUGAAGGUUUCAAUGAUUGGGCUCAUAUUGGUGAAAGACUUAGAGAACAUGAGACAUGUAUGGAGCAUAUUAAAAAUAUGACGACUUGGUAUGAUUUGCGUCAAAGGUUUAAGAAAAAUCAAACCAUUGACAAAGUUGCUCAAGGAUUAAUUAAAAAGGAGAAAGAUCAUUGGAAAAGAGUUUUGUUAAGAAUUAUUUCUUUUGUUAAGUUUCUUGGCAAACGUAAUUUAGCCUUUCGGGGUACUAAUGAAAAAUUGUAUCAAAAUGGCAAUGGAAAUUUUUUAGGCUUAGUUGAGAUGGUGGCCGAAUUUGACCCUAUUAUCCAAGAACAUGUUAGGCGUAUUAAAAAUGAAGAAAUUUACUUUCAUUAUCUUGGUCAUAGCAUUCAAAAUGAAUUAAUAUCUUUGCUUGCUUCCUCGAUGAAAUCUGAAAUAUUAAAAAAAAUAAAGCAAGCAAAAUACUUUUCUGUAAUACUUGAUUGUACUCCUGAUAUUAGCCACAAUGAACAAAUGUCAUUAAUAAUAAGAUAUGUUGAUGUCUCUACACAUCAAGUUAAUAUUGAGGAGUCUUUUUUAGGAUUUUUGAAUGUGAAUGAUUCAACUGGACUAGGUCUUUUUAGUACUUUGCAAAAUGAAUUGCAUCUUCUUAAUCUUAAUAUUUUUGAUAUACGUGGACAAGGUUAUGAUAAUGGGUCAAAUAUGAAGGGUAAACAUCAAGGUGUGCAAAAAAGACUUUUAGAUGAAAAUCCUAGAGCUUUUUAUACUCCAUGUGGUUGUCAUAGUCUUAAUUUAGUUUUAUGUGAUAUGGCAAAUGCUUGUAGUAAAGCAAAAGAUUUUUUUGGAGUCAUACAACGUAUAUAUACAAUUUUUGCAAAAUCUACCAAGAGAUGGGGUAUUUUGAAAGAUAAUGUACAUGGUUUAACUCUUAAGUCAUUAUCUUCCACUCGUUGGGAGAGUCGUGUUGAGAGUGUUCAAGCCAUAAGAUUUCAAAUGGUAGAAAUACGAGAGGCUUUACUCCAAGUUGCAGAUGUUGAUAGUGAUUCCUUAGUAAGAAGUGAAGCUAAAUCUCUAGCAACAAAUGAACUUGGUGAUUUUGAAUUUUUGGUGGCUAUAGUAAUAUGGUUUCAUAUAUUGUAUCGUAUUAAUUUUGUUAGCAAGUACUUGCAAUCCAAAGACAUGCUUAUUGAUGUUGCUUUCGAAAAAAUUGAGGAAUUGAUUUCUUUUUUUGAGAAAUAUAGAGAAAGUGGUUUUAAUGAUGCCUUGGAUUCUGCUAAGGAAAUUGCUAUUAAAAUGGAUAUAGACCCCGUUUUUCCUAAGAGACGUGAAAUCCGUAGAAAAAAACAAUUCGAUGAAAAUUCAAAUGCAUCAUUAGAAGUUUCAUUAUCUGCAGAAGAUUCAUUUAGAGUUAAUUAUUAUUUUUUCAUUGUUGAUCAAGCUGUUGUUUCUCUUAAAAGUAGGUUUGAGCAAUUUCAAGAGUAUGAGAAAAUAUUUGGUUUCUUGUUUAAUUCUGACAGGUUAAGUUCUUUAGAUGAUAUGAGUUUGAAGUCUUCCUGUAGUCGUCUUGAAAAUUCUCUUAAGCAUAAUGGACAUUCGGAUAUUAAUGGAGAUGAGUUGUAUGUGGAGUUAAAACUAAGAAGAGAGUUGUAUGUUAAUGAAAAACUAGGACCCAUUGAAAUUUUGAAAGAUUUGGAAUUGUUUGAUUGUUAUCCUAAUGCAGUUAUUGCAUACAGAAUUUUAUUAACUAUUCCUGUUACUGUUGCAUCUGCAGAAAGAAGUUUUUCCAAGUUGAAAUUGUUGAAGUCCUACUUACGCUCUACAAUGUCACAAGAACGGCUUAACGGAUUAGCAAUGAUAUCUAUUGAAAAUGAUCUUUUGGAUAAAGUAGAUUAUGAAGAGUUGAUUGAUGAAUUUGCAUCAAAGAAUGCUAGAAGAACAUCUGUUUUUAAAUAAAAGAUCUCUAAUUUGCAUUA